AUGGCAGAAGUCGCAGCAGCAGCCAUCGCCGCGGAGCAGGCCGUGGCUACGGGCGUCGAAGCGGCAGCCGCCGUGGCCAUCGCCGCGCCGACCUUGCCUCUCAAGAUCUCCCUCACCCAUCUCCCAAACCCAGCGCCUGAAGGUUCUCCUCACCCGGCCCUCGCACGCUCCCACCACACCCUCACAGUCCUCAACAACAAAGCCUACAUCUUCGGCGGCCAAGACCCCUCCGGCGCUCUCUGCCCCCCCGGCAUUCACACCCUCACCCUCCCCCCAUCCAAAACCACGAUCGACCCGACCACCGCUUCAGAGGGUACAACCAAUAUUAGGGACAGCAACACCCUCAACAACACGGCAAACACUGCCAGCACCUACACCACAACAUACACCUGCUACCCGCCCUACAGCCUCCAAGACGCCUCCACCGGCGAAACCCUCGUCCCGCUUCCCCGCGCUGACCACGCGGCGUGUGCUCGCGGGAGGCGGUAUCUGCUCAUUCACGGCGGGCGCACCACCACAUCCGACGGCUACAACAAGCCGGUAGACGAAGGAAAUGAUAUCUGGCAAUGGGACAGUCAGGAACUGACCUGGUCCCGGCUGCGGGGGGAUUCCCAGUUGGGCAAGACCAUGAGGCCGCGGUGGCGGCACUGGAUGGUGGGGGAUGGGGAACAGGGGUUUUUGGUUGUUGUUGGUGGAAAAGGAGGAGGAGGAGGAGGAGAAGGUGAGGGGUUAGAGAGAGAGGUGUGGAUGUAUGAUUUUGAGUCGAUGGUGUGGACGGAUUUACCUGCGGUGCCCGGGAGGCCGUUGGCUGUGGCGUAUGCGGAUGGGAGGGUGUAUGCGAUUGCUAGUGGGGAGAAGGGUGUGGGUAAGGGUGGACGAACAGAGUUGGGGGGUGUGGUGUAUUACCUAGAUAUGAAGGAGUCGGCGACGGAGAGGGAGAAGCCGGGGUCGUUGCUAUGGGAGACCGUGACAUACCCGGCCAACCCGCUUGCUCCUGGACCACAGCCGAGAGCGGGCGGGGCGCUGGUGCCGUUGAGUACGGGUCACGGAAGGGAGUAUCUGGUGUACCUGUUUGGCCGGUCGGAAGGGUCUCCCGCUGUCGGUGCCGGGGAGAAGUAUUAUUCCGAUAUCUGGACACUUCAGCUGCCGGCUCAUCGGCGGUCGGCUGCGGCGGUGAAGGACACGAUCAGAGAAAAACUACCGCGCGUGGAAUCAAAUGAGUUUCGGUGGGCGGAGGCUGAGAUUGUGCCGACGGAGCAGCUGGCGGAGGGGGGCAAGGUGCAUCCGGGGCCGAUUGCGGUGUUUGCGGUGGAUUCGUGCUUGGAUGGACGGGGUGUGGUGUUGUGGGGUGGCACAAAUGCGAAGGGGGAGAAGCAGGCGGAUGGAUGGGUGUUGAGGUUGGCCCAUGGGUAUGCGGAUCGUGAUCGGUAUGAGUGA